CACACUCUCUUUUCGAACAGCUUCUUAGUCCUCUCAUUUCCCACGCCAAAGCGUAAUCUCUCUUGGUGUACGGAAAGUAAUUUAGGGAACAUGAGUUCGGACGAAACCCUAGUGGUCACCACCGCCCAAGAAGACGAAGAGUUCUUGUUCGCUUUCAAACAAACCAUGAUCUCGUCCGUUCCCAUGAUCUUGAAGGCCACCAUUGAGCUCGGCAUCCUCAAGCACUUGUCCGAGAGCCCCGCUCAGCUCUCGCCCGCCCAAAUCGCGUCUGGCCUCUCCAUCAAGAACCCCGAGGCCGCCGUCACCAUCGACCGCAUCCUGCGUCUGCUCGCCAGCUUGUCUUUUCUCUCAUGCACCCUCAUCCAGGACAAAGCUGGGCGGCCUGAGAGGGUGUACGGCUUGGGCCCUAGGAGCAAGCACUUUGUGAGUGAGGAAGGGGCUAGCUUGGCGCCGUGGUUGCUUUUCCUCUUUGACAAGGUGUCCUUGAGCGGGUGGUUCCACUUAAAAGACGCAGUGAUUCAGGGAGAAGGCGACCCUUUCAAGCUCGCGAACGGCGCGAUCAUCUUCGACUACACCGGGACAGACCCGAAGCUCAACGACUACUUCAACAAUGCCAUGAAGUGCGCGUCUACUAUCUACAUGGGCAAAGUCAUGGACUCUUACCGCGGAUUCGAGGGUGCCAAAACAGUCGUCGACAUUGGCGGCGGUGUUGGCGAAUGUACUAAACUCAUACUGUCCAAGCACCCCCACCUCCGGGGCAUAAACUUCGAUCUCCCCUAUGUUGUCAAAAACGGGCUUUCUUAUCCUGGUUUGGAACAUGUAGGAGGGAGCUUUGUGAAUGAUCCCCUCCCCAAAGGAGACAUCCUCGUACUGAAGUGGCAAUUGCAUAGUUUCGGGGACGAGUUUGGCUUACAGCUCCUGAAGAGCUGCUGCGACGCAUUGCCGGCAUCGGGCAAGGUGGUGUUGAUAGACCAGGUCAGCCCGGAAUACCCGGGGACCAACCUAUUGACCCGGUCCACAUUCACCUCCGACAUGGUCAUGUUGGGCAUGACUCCUGGAGGGAAAGACCGGACGAUGAAGGAAUUCGAGGUCCUGGCCCGUGCGGCCGGGUUCAGCUCCCUGAAAGUAGCCUGCCGGGUCUUCAACAUGUGGGUGCUCGAGAUAUUUAAAACCGCCUAGAUUGCUUGCCGGAAAAUCCUCUCUGUCGAAUCGAUCUCGCAGUAUGCUACGUCAUAUUGUGCUCGUCUUUCAAAUCAAAUAAAAUUGUUCCUGUUAUGCUUUCAAUUUUUCCAAGAAUCGUUUCCUAGUUCGCACUGAUGCAGAUGGUCUUCACUAUCCAUUUAUUUCCGUUGAAAUAAAAAUACAAGAAGGCUUACGCUUA